CCGGCCGCGGCGCUGGGAACCGGGCUCCGCGCGUCCGGGGCGGCUGGCGGCGCGGGCAGGCGGGCGGGGAGGACAGGCUAGGGGCGGCGACAGCGAGGGGCCGCGCGCGGAGGGCGCCUGGUGCAGCAUGGGCGGCCCGCGGGCUUGGGCGCUGCUCUGCCUCGGGCUCCUGCUCCCGAGAGGCGGCGCUGCGUGGAGCAUCGGGGCAGCCCCGUUCUCCGGACGCAGGAACUGGUGCUCCUAUGUGGUGACCCGCACCAUCUCAUGCCAUGUGCAGAAUGGCACCUACCUUCAGCGAGUGCUGCAGAACUGCCCCUGGCCCAUGAGCUGUCCGGGGAGCAGCUACAGAACUGUGGUGAGACCCACAUACAAGGUGAUGUACAAGACAGUGACUGCCCGUGAGUGGAGGUGCUGCCCUGGGCACUCGGGAAUGAGCUGCGAGGAAGUUGCAGGUUCCUCUGGCUCCUUGGAGCCCAUGUGGUCGGGCAAUACCAUGCGGCGGAUGGCACUUCGGCCCACAGCCUUCUCAGGUUGUCUCAACUGCAGUAAAGUAUCAGAGCUGACAGAGCGGCUGAAGAUGCUGGAGGCCAAGGUGGCCAUGCUGACUGUCAUAGAGCAGCCAGCGCCUCUAACACCAGCUACCCCUGAGGACCCUGCCCCACUCUGGGGCCCUCCUCCUGCCCAGGGCAGCCCCGGAGAUGGAGGCCUCCUGGGCCCAGCGGGGACACUGACCUCUGCCUACCCCCCUACCCCAGGGCUGCCAGGAGCCAUAGAGAGUGUGAGGGUCCCGCUGCUUCCCCGAAAUGACCAAGUCGGUGCUCGGGGGCUGCCCGGGCCCACCGGCCCCAAGGGAGAUGCCGGCAGCCGGGGCCCAAUGGGGAUGAGAGGCCCACCAGGUCCACAGGGCCCCCCAGGGAGCCCUGGCCAGGCUGGAGCUGUGGGCACCCCUGGAGAGAGGGGACCUCCUGGGCCACCAGGGCCUCCUGGCCCCCCUGGGCCCCCAACCCCUGUUGGGCCACCCCAUGCCCGGAUCUCCCAGCAUGGAGACCCACUGCUGUCCAACACCUUCACUGAGACCAACAACCACUGGCCCCGGGGACCCACUGGGCCUCCAGGCCCUCCAGGGCCCAUGGGUCCCCCUGGGCCUCCUGGCCCCACAGGUGUCCCUGGGAGUCCUGGACACAUAGGACCCCCAGGCCCAACUGGACCCCAAGGAAUCUCUGGCCACCCAGGAGAGAAAGGCGAGAGAGGACUGCGUGGGGAGCCUGGCCCCCAAGGCUCUGCUGGGCAGCAGGGGGAACCUGGCCCCAAGGGAGACCCUGGUGAGAAGAGCCACUGGGCUCCUAGCUUACAGAGCUUCCUGCAGCAGCAGGCUCAGCUGGAGCUCCUGGCCAGACGGGUCACCCUGCUGGAAGCCAUCAUCUGGCCAGAACCAGAGAUGGGGUCUGGGGCAGGCCCUGCCGGCACAGGCACCCCCAGCCUCCUUCGGGGCAAGAGGGGCGGACGUGCAGCCAACUACCGGAUCGUGGCCCCCAGGAGCCGGGACGAAAGAGGCUGAGGGCGGUGGCGGCCCUUGGGGCAGACAAGGCCAGGCUUCCCCUCCUACCUGGACUCGGCCAGCUGCCUCCAGGGACCGCCCGUCCAUAUUUAUUAAUAUCCUCAGGGUCCCUUCUGCCAUCUAGGCCUUAGGGGUAAGCAGGUCUCAGUCCUGGCACCAUACACAUGUCUGAGGCUGAGCAGGGGCUGAGAGGAGAGGCUUGGGCCUCAGUUUCCCUCUGUGAAGUGGGGGGAGGCAGGCCUUCAAGGAGGGGUAGAGGUACAAGGCUUCGUCUCAUCUGCUGUCUGAGUAUCCAGGCCCAAAGGCACUGAGGGACACAGGAGGGCUCAGGAGUUGGGGCUUAGCACAUGCAGGGAUGACAGGGCAGGGAGCAGUCCUCCUCCCUCUCCUCCCCAACCAAACCUCGGGGAGCCCUCCUGUGCCCCUCCCUCCUUGUUGUCCAGUGCUGGGUUCCCCACCCCGAGGUCAAGCUGCCCAAUCCUCUGACUGGAUCACCAGGGGCUUCUUGCCUCAUUUCUCCCCUCUGAGCCCCCAGGCCCUCCCACAUCUCAGGUUGGGGAUGGGGACAUGGAGAAGGGGCUGCCUGCUCCCACAAAUGCUUGUGACAGAUGCCAGGAGGUAGAUGUGUGCUGGCCAAUAAAGGCCCCUACCUGAUUCCCCGCA